AUGCUAUUACAAAAAAAACAACGAGCACCAAAAUAUACUGAAAAACAACCUCAAGAAAUUCUGAUUCGUGCUCAUCGUUUAUAUCGAUUAUUUUCAAAAGGUGAUUAUGAACUGUUAAUGGAUGAUGAAAAAUAUUUUUUAUUACACAAUGAAUCUGCACUUGCCAAUCGGGGUUUCUAUUCAUCGGAUACAAAUACUACAACUCCAUAUGUUAAAUUUAAAUGA